UCUAUGGUUGUUGGCGGAAAAAGUAUCCUCCGGAAGCAGCUGCCUAGAGCAGCCGUGGCCUUGGCGUCCUUUCCCGCGCAGGCGCAGUAGGGCCGAGCUCUGCACAUGAGGAGGAGCCGGGCUUCCGCGAAGUGGGGGGCGGCCGACUGACCUACCGCGCAGCCAUGCCGAAAGCGGGGAAGCAGCCCAAGGCCCAGGAGGAGUGGAUCGGGGACGACGACGAGAGGAAGGACGCGCCCGUGGAGGGGGCCGGAGAUAAAGUGGUUAAGAAGGGGAAGAAAGAUAAAAAGACCAAAAAGUCGUUCUUUGAGGAGUUGGCUGUGGAGGAGAAGCACACCAGUGAAGAGCAGGCAGCCGAGAAAGAAAAGGAGCAGCAGCAGCAACAACAACAGCAGCAAAAGAAGAGACGGGAUAAAAAAAAAGACCGGAAGAAAAAAGAUGUGGAAGAAGAUGAAGAAGAGAAUCAGUUGAUCGAGAGGCUGAAGAAGCUGUCAGCCCCAGCCAGUGAUGAAGAUGAUGAAGUGCCUGCCCCUGUUAGCAAAGCAGGCAAGAAAAAGAAGGGAGGAAAUGUGUUUGCUGCUUUGAGUCAGGAGCAGAGUGAGGAGGAGGAGGAGGAAGAGGAACCUGUGAAACCCAUUAAAUCUGACAAGAAUAAGACCAACAAGGCAGCUUCUGAUGAUGAAGAUGAGAGGAAACCUGGCAAAAAAGGGUCCAAAACUAAGCAAAAGAAGAAUAAAGGAAAACAGCAGCCACGCAACAUGUUUGCUGCUCUAGAUAAUGAGGAAAUGGAUGAUGAAGAAGAGGAAGAAGAGGAUGAAGAUGAUGAAAAGGAAUCGUCCACAAAAGGCAAAGAGAAGUCCAAACCAAGCAGCCAGCCGCAGUCAGAGGAUGAAGAAGAGGAGGGAGAGAAGAAGGAGGACGAUCCCUAUGCGCACCUCAGCAAAAAGGAGAAGAAGAAACUCAAGAAGCAGCUGGAGUUUGAGCGGCAGGUAGCCAGCCUGAAAGCAGCCAAUGCAGCAGAAAAUGACUUCUCGGUAUCUCAGGCCGAACUGUCCUCACGGCAGGCCAUGCUGGAAAAUGCAUCUGACAUUAAGCUGGAAAAGUUUAGCAUCUCGGCUCAUGGAAAAGAACUGUUUGUCAAUGCAGACCUAUAUAUUGUGGCUGGGCGACGGUAUGGCCUGGUGGGGCCAAAUGGAAAAGGCAAGACCACGUUGCUAAAACAUAUUGCCAACCGGGCUCUGAGCAUCCCUCCCAAUAUUGAUGUAUUGCUUUGUGAACAAGAGGUGGUUGCAGAUGAAACCCCCGCUGUGCAAGCUGUCCUCAAGGCUGAUACCAAGCGACUGAAGCUGCUGGAGGAGGAGAAGCGAGUACAAGCCCAGUUAGAGAAAGGGGAUGACACAGCUGCAGAACGUCUGGAGAAGAUCUAUGAAGAAAUACGGGCUACAGGUGCAGCGGCAGCAGAAGCCAAAGCUCGGAGAAUUCUAGCUGGUUUGGGUUUCAAUCCUGAGAUGCAGAACCGGCAAACCAAGAAAUUCUCUGGAGGCUGGCGAAUGAGAGUAUCCCUGGCCAGAGCACUGUUCAUGGAACCUACAUUACUGAUGCUGGAUGAGCCCACCAACCAUCUGGAUCUCAAUGCUGUCAUCUGGCUUAACAACUACCUCCAGACAUGGAAGAAGACCCUCCUGAUUGUUUCCCAUGACCAGGGUUUCCUGGACGAUGUCUGCACUGAUAUCAUCCACUUGGACAUGCAGAAGCUCUUUUACUAUCGAGGAAAUUACAUGACUUUCAAGAAAAUGUAUCAGCAGAAACAGAAGGAGCUGCUAAAGCAAUAUGAGAAACAAGAGAAGAAGCUGAAAGACCUCAAGGCCGGAGGAAAGUCCACAAAGCAGGCAGAAAAGCAGACGAAGGAAGCCCUGACCCGCAAACAACAGAAAUGCCGCAAGAAGAAUCCAGAUGAAGAGGCCAGUGAGGCCCCAGAACUCCUGAAGCGGCCAAAGGAAUAUACUGUGAAAUUUACUUUUCCAGACCCGCCACCCCUGAGCCCACCCAUUCUGGGUCUACAUGGUGUAGACUUCACUUAUGAAGGGCAGAAACCUCUUUUCAAAAAUCUGGACUUUGGAAUUGACAUGGAGUCUCGAAUCUGUAUCGUAGGUCCCAAUGGUGUGGGAAAGAGUACGCUGCUGUUGCUGUUAACAGGGAAACUAACACCGACAAGAGGGGAAAUGAGGAAAAACCACAGACUAAAAAUUGGGUUCUUCAAUCAGCAAUAUGCUGAUCAGCUGAACAUGCAGGAGACGGCAACAGAGUACCUGCAGCGCAACUUCAACCUGCCCUACCAGGAUGCUCGCAAAUGCUUGGGGCGUUUUGGUCUGGAGAGUCAUGCCCACACCAUUCAGAUCUGCAAGCUUUCAGGGGGACAGAAAGCCCGUGUGGUAUUUGCUGAACUAGCUUGCAGAGAACCAGAUGUGCUCAUUUUGGAUGAACCUACAAAUAACCUGGAUAUUGAGUCAAUUGAUGCCUUGGGAGAUGCUAUCAAUGAAUAUAAAGGGGCGGUAAUUGUUGUCAGCCAUGAUGCCCGGCUUAUCACAGAGACCAACUGCCAUCUCUGGGUGGUGGAGGACCAGACAGUCAACCAGAUAGAUGGGGACUUUGAAGACUACAAGCGCGAAGUCCUGGAGGCCUUGGGUGAAGUCCUUGUCAAUCGGCCCCGAGAGUGAAGAUUGGAAGAAGCAUGCUGAGCUGCCUUCCAUUUUCCCAGCAGACACUCUGUGCUCUAUGUGAAAGACUCUUUAUUUAUGACAGCUGGGGUUGGAGGGAGAAGGAGGAAGGAUUGAGGAUGCGCAAUGAGAAAAACCAUGCUUGUUCUUUUCUUUCUUCCUUCCCAUACCCUCAGGAAGAGCAGCAAAGUUGAGGGAGCUGAUGAACUUUGGUAUGUCUCAAAAGGGCUUGCUUUCCCUGAGGCAGACAUUUUGGAGGGCCUCUUUUAUAGCUCUCCCCCCUUCUCUCCCCUCCCACCAGCACUACCCUGAUGCCCUUUUUGGGAAUAGUUGGAGCAGAGUUGUAUAUCCUUAAUUAAAUUAAAAUGUGAAGGAUAUUUUCAUGGG